UUUUGUGCAGUCAACUGCUUGGAUCAGCAUGUUCGGAAGUCCCCGGAGAGUGUCGCUUUGAUCUGGGAGAGAGACGAGCCUGCAACUGAAGUGAGGAUCACCUACAGGGAACUGUUGGAGACCACAUGCCGCCUGGCCAACACGUUGAAGAGGCAUGGUGUUCGACGAGGGGACCGUGUGGCCAUCUACAUGCCUGUGUCCCCAUUGGCUGUGGCUGCAAUGCUGGCCUGUGCCAGAAUUGGAGCUGUCCACACGGUUAUCUUUGCUGGCUUCAGUGCGGAGUCCUUGGCUGGGAGGAUCAAUGAUGCCAAGUGCAAGGUGGUUAUCACCUUCAACCAGGGACUCCGGGGAGGGCGCGUGGUGGAGCUGAAGAAGAUAGUGGACGAAGCCGUGAAACACUGCCCCACCAUCCAGCGUGUCCUGGUGGCUCACAGGACGGACAACAAGGUCCACAUGGGGGAUCUGGAUGUGCCCCUCGAGCAGGAAAUGGCCAAGGAGGACCCUGUUUGUGCCCCAGAGAGCAUGGGCAGCGAAGACAUGCUCUUCAUGCUGUACACCUCCGGGAGCACCGGGACGCCCAAGGGCCUUGUGCAUACCCAGGCGGGCUACCUGUUGUAUGCUGCCCUGACGCACAGGCUUGUGUUUGACUACCGGCCAGGAGACGUCUUCGGCUGUGUGGCUGACAUCGGCUGGAUUACAGGACACAGCUACGUGGUGUACGGACCCCUCUGCAAUGGAGCGACCAGCGUCCUUUUUGAGAGCACCCCAGUUUACCCUGAUCCUGGUCGGUAUUGGGAGACGGUGCAGAGGUUAAAGAUCAAUCAAUUCUAUGGUGCCCCAACGGCUGUCCGGCUGUUGCUGAAAUACGGUGACGCCUGGGUGAAGAAGUAUGACCGCUCCUCCCUGCGGACCCUAGGGUCAGUGGGAGAACCAAUCAACCAAGAGGCCUGGGAGUGGCUCCACAAGGUGGUAGGGGAUAGCAGAUGUACACUGGUAGACACCUGGUGGCAGACAGAAACGGGUGGCAUCUGUAUUGCACCACGGCCCUCAGAAGAAGGGGCAGAAAUUCUUCCUGGCAUGGCAAUGAGGCCCUUCUUUGGCAUUGUUCCAGCUCUCAUGGACGAGAAGGGGAAUGUCAUGGAGGGCGGCGAUGUCUCCGGGGCUCUGUGCCUCUCCCAGGCCUGGCCGGGCAUGGCCAGGACCAUCUAUGGAGACCACCAGAGAUUUGUGGAUGCCUACUUCAAGGCUUAUCCAGGCUACUACUUCUCUGGAGAUGGGGCUCACCGAACGGAGGGCGGCUAUUACCAGAUCACUGGGCGGAUGGACGAUGUCAUCAACAUCAGCGGCCACCGGCUAGGGACUGCGGAGAUCGAGGAUGCGAUGUCUAGUCACCCUGCAGUGCCGGAGACUGCCGUCAUUGGCUACCCCCAUGACAUCAAAGGAGAAGCUGCAUUUGCCUUUAUUGUGUUGAAAGAUAAUGUAGGUGACUCGGAUAUGGUAUUGAGUGAGCUCAGGUCCACAGUGGCCACCAAGAUUGCCAAGUACGCCGUGCCUGAUCAGAUUUUGAUAGUGAAACGUCUUCCAAAAACUCGGUCUGGAAAAGUCAUGCGGCGGCUCCUGAGAAAGAUAAUCACAGGUGGAGCUCAAGACCUGGGGGACACCACCACCCUGGAGGACCCCAGCAUCAUCACAGAAAUAUUGAGCGCCUACCAGAAGCACAUAGACAAGAGGGCUGCUGGUCAGUGAUGGCUCUGACCAAGACCCUGAGCCCAAGCACCUAACUUAUCCUUCUAGAACGUAUCUCAGGUGGCUUAUUCUUAGAUGUCCCAGAGCAGUUCCCUCCCAGUACAUAACCUACACCACCCCUAAUGAGAAGUCCAUGCUAAAAUCCCUCCCUUCUUUCCAUUGAAGAAUCCAUGCAGGGGUACUGUCCAAUGUGGUUAGUAUUUGUUUUACUUGUCUUGAAUUUGGUUUCUUGGAAUGAAAAGUCCCUAGUGUCUCUGUUUGUGUGUCCUCUCCAGACAGCACAGGAAGGUGAAAAUCCUGGAAAAGCAUGCCUGCUCAGAUGGCUGAGAACUAGAAGCAGUCGUUUUUUUCCAGAUGUUUCUAGAUAUAAAAGGCUGAGAUCUUAUUUUUAUACUUUUAUAUUUUAGAAGGAUAAUGUGUAAGCCCACACACGAAAUGUAUGCAUUUGCUUGUACAUGCUCUUUGUAACAUUUAGAGUUAUAAAACUUUUCUGCCUUCACUUGUGGGGAAAAAUAUUGAAUCAGAGGGUGCACUUUUAAUUAUUGUUUGGCAUAUCUGGAAAUCUGAAUUGAAAAUGUUUAUACCUCUUGUCUAAAUACAGCUCUCUUGAGAAUGCUCGA